UUCGCGGAUGACUCGCCUGUCCCCUCGCAAGAUCCCCAGCUGGUCGCAGCAUUGUGUCCUGCCCCUCUACUUUAAGGAUCUCUCCUAUGAUGCUUGCCAGAAGAGAUAAAGGAGGCGUUGCAAGAGCCCCCCACCCCACCCCCAUCGAGUUUGGCAGAGGAAAGUCCCGCGAUUUGCUCCACAACAAAUUCUUGCAGCCUUGAGGCAGGCUCCUAUUCUGCUCUGGUGAGCCUUUGAAAGGGAAAGUGACCCACCCAAUGGCUGAGGAUGACUUCGGGGCAUGAAAACAACCUAGAAGGCGGAACUGGGCUCGAGGGGCGCUUGGCCCCCAUCCCCAGGACGAGGAGAGAUCGAUCCGUCAUUCUUCAAUGAAUCUCCUCGGAGAAGCCAGAUUUCCUUGCUAGCCGAGGCAAUCAAGUUCAGUGCGAGGUUUUCCUUGGGGGGUGGGGAGCUUCUUAAAGUCCCAAGAAUGAGCCUCUCCCUCCCAACUCUUCCCACCCCUUACCAAAGCCCUGAAGCCUCCCACGCGCCUACCUGAAUCCUGAGGGACUUGAUUGACUUCGCGCUCGGGACCUCUGGCUGCCGCUGCCGCUGCUGCUGCUACUGCGGCGUCUUUCUGCCUCUUGUGGGUUUUCCUUUCCAGUCCUGUCUGGCAGGCAGGCAAGCAAGCAGAGUCCAUUCCAGUCCGGGCCUGGAUCCAUCCCUCCAGGAUCGCGUCGGCCAGAAGUUCGCCUCUCCCCUCUGACGCACUUUAAAGAGUCUCCCCCUUCAACCUCAAGGCGAGUAAUAGCGACCAAUCAUCAAGCCAUUUACCAGGCUUCAGAGGAAGCUGUUUAUGUGAUCCUCGCACUAAUUAGGCUCAUGAACUAACAAAUCGUUUGCACCACUUUGGGCACAGGGACCCGAUCGCCUCUUCCAUGGAUUGCCGCUGGACUUCGUAGGGGCCGCCUUUUGGCGCUGCGCAAAAGGGAGCGACACACACAAGACAGCAAGCGAGGUGGGGUGGGGGAAGAAAAGGCAGAACUUCGCUCAGCAACUUUUUCUUGUGGCGGAUGAAGUGAGAGCGAGUUAGUUGAGCGGCGCGUCGGCGCGGCGCGGCGCGUCUGCCUUUCGGGUGCUCGCCUCUUUAUGUGGCUGGCCAGCGCGCCUGCUGCCGUCGCAGCCCUCGCUCGCGGCUGCCAGCUUGCCAGGCUCUGCCCCUUGGAUCUAGAGCCGUCUGAGCACCCCGAUCGUCUCGCCAGGAGGACGCCGACGCCGAGGAGCAGGAGCAGGAGCAGGAGCCGCGGCCCAGAGGCCAGAUUGAUCGGCGCUUGGCCGCCAGGAUGUUCCAACCCACCCCCAAGCGCUGCUUCACCAUCGAGUCGCUGGUGGCCAAAGACAGCCCUGCCUUGCCCGCCUCUCGCGCCGAGGAUCCCAUCCGGCCGGCGGCCCUCAGCUAUGCCAACUCCAGCCCCAUGAACCCCUUUCUUAACGGCUUCCACUCCGGCGGCAGGGGGGUCUACUCCAACCCGGACUUGGUCUUUGCCGAGGCCGUCUCGCACCCGCCCAACCCCGCCGCUGUCCCCGUGCACCCCGUGCCCCCUCCCCACGCCUUGGCCGCCCACCCGCUGCCUUCCUCGCACUCUCCGCACCCGCUCUUCGCCUCGCAGCAAAGGGACCCUUCCACCUUCUACCCCUGGCUAAUACACAGAUACAGAUAUCUAGGCCACCGGUUUCAAGGCAAUGAGACCAGCCCGGAGAGCUUCCUCUUGCACAAUGCACUAGCCAGGAAACCUAAACGGAUCCGCACCGCCUUUUCCCCAUCCCAGUUACUGAGACUGGAGCACGCGUUUGAGAAAAAUCACUACGUCGUAGGCGCCGAGAGAAAGCAACUGGCGCACAGCCUCAGUCUCACGGAAACUCAGGUAAAAGUUUGGUUUCAGAACCGACGGACAAAGUUCAAGCGGCAGAAGUUGGAAGAAGAAGGUUCAGAUUCCCAACAGAAGAAAAAGGGGACUCAUCAUAUUAAUCGGUGGAGAAUUGCCACCAAACAAGCCAGCCCGGAGGAGAUCGACGUCACGUCAGACGAUUAAAAUAAUCUUUAAUUAAAAUAUUAAUAAUAAUAGUAAAGAAAAGAAGCAGCAGCGAAACUCCAAGCUGGCACUUAAAAGACUUUUCCACGAACAACACAAGUGUUAAAGGCUCCUGACAACCCCAGGAAAGUGAGUGGCAUGGGCAGAGCGAGGGACAGAGACCGGCUUGAUCACAAGGCAAUUCUCCUUUAGAGAGGCAGCUGAGAGGAACGAAAGCCAGCCAGGCAGCCCGCGAGAAGUCAGUCCAAACGGUGGCCUUGAAGGUCCUGAACCGGUACAAAAAAAAAAGGUGGGGGGAGGGGGAACCUGUCAAUCAAAGCCAAACCACCGAGACAAGGUGAUUGACAGGUGUUCCGUUUCUCGCAGCUCAAACAUCAAAUCACUCGAUUGUUUUGGUUUUGUUUUUUUUAAAGAUGCAUACACGCUGGUGCGCACGCACACACAUACACGAAGACUACCUUACAGGACACGUUGCACUUCACGAGGGAUUUAUUCUUAGGAAUAAUUAUUCUGAUUUUAAUCCCAGUCUUUAGGAGAAAAAAAAAUAUUCCACACCCAUCCAAAAUCUACACACCUCUUUCAGAAACGUGAAUUGCAUGCUUUUAAGAGACCUUGGGGGGAGGGGGGGGGAAGAAGAGGGUGGACUUUUGUUUAAAAAAAAAAAAAAAAAGGAAAACCAACACCGGUUGCUAAAGACAGGCAGAGAUGAACUGUAUUAUUUUCCCCGUUUUCUCCUCCGAGACAGGCUCUGUGUGCUUUUUAAAUUUAUUUUACGAGAAACUGUGCAGUCUGUAAACCUUUUAAUGAUAACUUCUGGCGUCAAAGUGGUUGUGAAAACUCAAUGAAGUAGCGGUAACAAAUUCCUUUUCUUUUUCUUCUUUUUGCUCCCUCAAAAUGGAUAACCUUUGAAGAAAAAGGGGUGGGGUUAAGAUUGGGGGUGGGAGGUGGGAAAUCCUGAUAACUUCGCUACAAUAAAAUAAAAUAAGGAAAAUAAUCCCCAUUCUAAAAACUUGGCUUUUCCUCCCCACCUGCCUGUGCUCCUUUUCACGGGGCUGUGCCCAAACUGACAGGACUUUGUAAGGAUCUGGGAUCUUGAAGAUCUCUCUCUAGAAACGAUUGCGACCCAGGCCCAUUUUUCAUGGGGGACAAAUUUAAAGCACUGAUGAUGAUGACGAUGUUCCAAGAUUAUAUAGAGCUACUAAAAAUGACAAAUGUUUCCUUAAUGUCUUCUUUACCAGAAUGUAAAUAUUUUUGUGUUUUGUGUUUAAUUUGUUAGAAUUCUAACACACUAUAUACUUCCAAGAAGUAUCUCAAUGUCAAUAUUUUGUCAAUAAAGAUUUAUCAAUAAGGCCUAA